CCGUCAUCGGAUCCUUCCAAGUUCUGCAGGAGAUCGACGAUAGUCACGCUACUGUUCCUUAUUGUGCUCAUCCGUCCAAGAUUUUAGUCCACUCUCUGUAAAGCCCUUGCCGAUCACAGUCCUAGGGUUUCCAUUUCUUCUGCAAUCAAAUGUAUCCCUAAUUUCCACCCUCAUCCUAUCAAGAUCCCCUGUUUUUCUCUACCCCGCCCCAACAUCUGGCCUCCCUGACAUGGGAGCCAAGGCCGGAUCCUCCCCGCCGGUGGUGCCGCCGCCCGCCUCGUCCGCCACUUCUUUUUUUCCAUCCAUCAACGGCCUAAAACUAAAAACCAAGCAGCAGGAGCUCUUGAUCCGCGUCUCCAUCCUCGCUCUCGUAUAUGUCCUCGCCUUCGCUAUCCGCCUCUUCAGCGUCCUCCGCUAUGAAAGCAUGAUCCAUGAGUUCGAUCCGUAUUUUAACUACCGUACCACUCUUUUCCUCACUGAAAAAGGCUUCUACGAGUUCUGGAACUGGUUUGAUUUCGAGAGCUGGUACCCUCUCGGUCGCAUUAUUGGAGGUACCCUCUACCCAGGUCUCAUGGUUACUGCUGCCCUCAUCUACUGGACCCUUCGCUUUCUGCGCUUCGCCGUCCACAUCCGCGAGGUCUGCGUUCUUACCGCUCCCUUUUUUGCAUCCAAUACCACAAUCGUUGCAUACUUCUUUGGGAAGGAGAUCUGGGAUUCUGGUGCUGGUUUGGUAGCGGCUGCGCUUAUUGCUAUUUGUCCUGGUUAUAUCUCGAGAUCCGUAGCCGGUUCUUAUGAUAACGAGGGAGUUGCCAUAUUUGCGCUUCUCCUAACAUUUUACCUGUUCGUCAAGGCAGUCAACACUGGAUCGCUUGCUUGGGCUCUUGCUUCUGCGUUUGGAUAUUUCUAUAUGGUAUCGGCGUGGGGUGGAUAUGUGUUUAUAAUCAAUUUGGUUCCACUCUAUGUGCUGGUUCUUCUGGUGACUGGGAGGUAUUCGAUGAGGUUAUAUAUUGCUUACAAUUGCAUGUAUGUGUUAGGGAUGCUGCUCGCCAUGCAGAUUAGGUUUGUAGGUUUCCAGCAUGUGCAGUCUGGGGAGCAUAUGGCUGCCAUGGGAGUGUUUUUCUUGCUUCAGGUAUUUUACUUUCUAGACUGGGUUAAGUUCACGCUAAAUGAUCCCAAAUUAUUUUAUUCCUUCUUGAGGAUAGCUUUGACAUGUGCCAUUAGUGUGGGUUCUCUUGCUCUCGGAGUUGGCAUGGCCACGGGAUAUAUUUCUCCUUGGACAGGUCGUUUUUAUUCUUUGCUUGAUCCGACAUAUGCAAAGGACCAUAUUCCCAUUAUUGCAUCUGUUUCGGAGCAUCAACCAACUGCAUGGUCUUCCUUCAUGUUUGACUUUCAUAUUCUUCUUUUCCUAUUUCCUGCUGGCCUGUAUUUCUGUUUCAAGCGGUUAUCAGAUGCCACUAUUUUUAUUGUUAUGUAUGGUCUCACGAGCAUGUAUUUUGCUGGUGUAAUGGUUCGUUUGAUACUUGUUGCUGCACCUGCUGUGUGCCUUAUUAGCUCUAUCGCGGUUUCUGCUACCUUGAAAAAUUUAACAAUGUUAAUUCGAGCAAAGAAUAAUGCUACUCCAAUGGGAUCCAGCAAGGGGACAGCUAGCUUAAAGGCAUCAGCUAAGGCAUCAUCUUUCGACCAACCUCUACCUUACCAAAGAAAUGUGGCUAUUGCUUUGUUGCUAGGCGCUUUUUAUCUGUUAAGUAGAUAUGCCAUUCAUUGCACUUGGGUCACAUCCGAGGCCUAUUCUUCUCCUUCAAUUGUCUUGGCUGCAAGGGGUGCUCAUGGUGGCAGGGUCAUUUUUGAUGAUUACCGCGAAGCAUAUUUUUGGCUCAGGAAAAAUACCCCUGCAGAUGCCAAAAUUAUGUCCUGGUGGGAUUAUGGAUAUCAGAUUACUGCAAUGGGAAAUAGAACUGUGAUUGUCGACAAUAAUACUUGGAAUAAUACACAUAUUGCUACAGUAGGUCGUGCAAUGUCAUCAUAUGAAGAUGAAGCAUACGAUAUAAUGAAAUCAUUAGACGUGGAUUAUGUGCUUGUUGUAUUUGGAGGUGUUACUGGUUAUUCUUCAGAUGACAUUAACAAGUUUCUUUGGAUGGUACGUAUUGGUGGUGGAGUUUUUUCUGUCAUAAAGGAGCCCGAGUACCUUGUGAAUGGCGAAUACCGAGUUGACAAAGGGGCUGCACCAAAAAUGCUGAACUGUCUCAUGUACAAACUUUGUUACUAUAGAUUUGGAGAGGUUACAACAGAGUAUGGAAAGCCUCCAGGAUAUGAUCGUGCAAGGGGUGUUGAGAUUGGGAAUAAAGACGUGAAGCUCGAGUAUUUAGAAGAGGCCUUCACAACUUCAAACUGGAUAAUUCGCAUAUACAAAGUAAAGCCUCCCAAAAAUCGGUGGUGAGGUCAUCUUUAAUUUCCCAAGAUUAAAUCAGAACCGUUCCAAGUUCAAGUUUCUUCUGCUUAUCCCAAAAUCAGAACCAUUCAAGUGCAGCUAUAAUUUCAUUUUGAUGAACAAAAUUUUCUUAGAAGAGGAAGAUUUUCUUAUUAAAAAGAUGUUGGCUCAGGUUGCCUGCUUUGAGUUUUGCUAUUUAGAAAACAAAAUUUUCAGGUUUCAAUCCAUAAGCAAUAAUUUAGCUUUUCCGGGUAAGAGAACUUUUAGGUGAAGCCUAUAGGUGUUUUGAGGAUAUAUGGAACUUUUGCAUCGAUUUUGUUCUAAUCAUUUUAGAAACAUUUCAAUGUGUUUUGUUUUUGAAUUUGACUUCCACAUUUGUAUCCAAGCAGAUUAUUGUACCGAAUGCAGAUGGGAUACUUGAAACCCAGGCAUGAACUAAGAAGCCUCGGUUGGCUUUUCA